AUGGACUCAAAUGAGAAGUCUCUAAUGAACAAAAAAGAAGUAAUGAAAUCCAGAAAUGGAGCAAAAGAGAAAAAGACCUCAAUGUUUGUGGAUAAAGUAAAGCCGCGAGGGCCACCUCCGCAGCGCAGAGGCUCAGAGGUGCUCGGUACCCAGCUUACCCUCCCCAGCGGCCGCGCCGCCGCCGCACCAUGGCGGGUGGGAGGCGGGGGCGGGCCGGGGCGGGGGUGCCGGGAGGCCGCCUGCGCGCAGGGACUGCCCCUCACCCCGCACCGCCAGCGCUCGGGCCCGUCGCACCGCCGCGGUAAGGGAGCGGGGAAGGGGCCGCGGGCCGGGCGGUGCGGGGUGGGGAGCGCGGGGCGGCCGAGCCGGGGCCGCGCUGUGGGGAGAGCGGGCGGCGGCAGCGGCAGGGCCGUGCGGGCCCGGCCGGCAGGAGGCCGCGGGGGAGGGAUCGCUGUCUCCGAGGGCGGGAGGGUGGAAAUGGAGGCACAGGAGAGCGCUUAG